CCCACAUUGUUCCCGACAACACGCGUGUAUAAAAGUCUGUUAUUGUUUGUGUUGCUGCCUUCACAAACCCAAAUUGUUCUUACUGCUGUAAACUUCUAUUAACAAGAAUAAUGCAGGUCAAUGCUGGCGUGUGGUACAUGCUACCGUUCCUACUCUACACUUUUCAUGGUGUUGGUAGAGUCAAUUGCGCUACAAGAAAGUGUUCCAUGAGCGCGAUUCUGAACUCUACAACAGGCAUCAGUACUCAGAACUUACCUGACUACAUCGUCACUGGGAAUGCCAGAUGUGCACAGGCGGCUAUCAGAUGCCCUCUUGAUCUCCUAAAUCAUCUGAUGGUGCAUCUUGGUAGCUCACUGGCACCCAUCAGCGGAGACGCGGCCCAGAAAUUGUGUACAUUAUUCAAGCAAGAAGUCACACAUGCAAACCAAGGACGGGUGUUUGUUCAGUGGUCUGCUGACAAGUGCCCAAACACAAAUGGUACAACGUACUUGGGGAAUUUGUGCUGCUGGAAGUAUGACAUCGGAAGCACCCAGACCUACAUUCCUAAUGCUGGCUGCCAAGAUACUGUAAAGCCUACAGCACAGAUCCUGUGAAUUUUCUAAGAAACUUAAUUCAAUUUAAGUCACCUAAGACAACAUUUUCAUAAAUAGCCACACAAAUCUUCCAGGAUGCCCUCUAGGAUAAUCUUCCACCAAAUGACCUUUGCUUGCAUGAUAAAAAUUAUCAUGCAAGUUACGGCUUAGUAACCCAUUAGAGGCUGAUAAGCUGAACCAAGCCGGUAACAAAUUAAAAUAAAAAAUAGCAUUCAAUGUUUUAAAAGAUAAGGUAGCAAAAAGGAUUAUUGAACUUUAUUAUUGGGUCCAUCACUUAGAUACUGUAAUUAUCAAUAUACAUUUUGUUUUAAAAGAUUUUAGGUUUAGACAGAAUAAUUGAAACUGUUUGGACCUUCAAAAAUUCAGCAAUAUGAAAGCCUAAUGUCUUUAGAGAGUGGUAUUUAGAGAUUCAUUGUCCUCAGUUUUAGGUUAAACUAGAUUAACAUUAAUACCAUACCUAUAGUAAAAAUUAAUUAUUUAUGUUAUUUGAUCUUUCAAAUCUAGAUAUGGAAUCUAUUCUUUAAAAUCUGAAUAUGAUAUGUAUUCUUCAGAAUCUAGAUAGAACAUAUAUUCUUCAAAAUCUACAUAUAGCAUCUAUUCUUCAAAAUCUAGAUAUAGUAUCUAUUCGUAAAAAUCCAUAUGUAGUAUCUAUUUUUCAAAAUCCACGAUUGAAGUCAGGUCAACAGUGGUAGCAGACCGGUGGUUCCUUCAAAAUCAAUCUGAAACAAAUAAUGCAUAUUUAAUAUAUAUAUUACCGAAGAGCAUAAUAGCGCCAGAUAUUAAUAAUAAUAAUAAUAUACGAUAAUAUCAUCGUAUUUUUGUGAAAGCCUGAUCCAAGUGCUCUUAAUAUCUUUACCUCAUCUGUGCUCUCCCAUAUUUUAUCUUUAUAUCUCUUUGUAUAUCUAGUUUGGUUCUCUCAUAUAUUUCACCAUUUUCGAGUUUCUCUUCCCUUUUCCAGUUACUUUGUUUAGCUGCUAUUUAGCCUUCUGAAGCAGCCAUUAUUCAUAUGUUAGCUCAGUUUUUGUGCUUUACUUAACCGAUUUCCCUACACACCUUCCCUCUUGGCUCAUACUGACUCCCACUCUUCCUAGUCAUGACCUGAUAAAGGUUCAGAACGACUCGAAACGUCGUCGUUUUCAAUCCAUAUGGGAGAGUUGGAUUAUUAAUAUUAUGGAGCAUUCAUUGCAUAAAGCUGAGAAGUAAAAUAACAAAACUGUUGCCUCAGGAGGCUAAUUGGCGCCAUGUGAAUCUUACCUCUGCAUUCACCCUUGUAGGCCAGGGAGAUGGUCGGGUCUUCACAGAUAGCGAUCUUCAACAGGCACAGGUUGCCGUAGGUGUUGCCGUCAGAACCACACACAGGGUCAAGUUUCUUAUUACAACCAUU